UUUGAAAUUGGUUGGCAGUCUGUGAUGUCUGAAUUUGAUUUAGUGAAUGAAGAUUGGUUCAAAAAUAUGUAUAAUAUAAGGAAUAUGUGGAUUCCUUCCUACUUUCGUGACCUUUUUAUGGGUGGGAUUUUAAGGUCAACUCAAAGAUCAGAGAGUGAAAAUAGCUUUUUCACUAAUUUCACCAAUCAGCAUUUGUUAUUGGUUGAGUUGUGGUUUCGCUAUGAAUCUGCAAUCGAUGCUCAAAGGCACACACAAGACAAGUUGAAUGCUACUUCAAAAACUACACAUCCCCAACUUGUCACCCCCCUGUACUUGGAAAAGCAUGCUGCAUUUGCUUACACUCAUAAUGUAUUUUACAUAUUCCAAAAGGAAUUCAAGCAUGCUUUGUACAAUUGUGGUAUAAGUAAUGUUACCAUCAAAGAAGAAGAAGGGAUUGAGCAAUAUAGAAUUGUUGACAACACAAGGAAAAAAAGCUAUCAUGUCACAUAUGUUUUGUGUUCUAAUGAUGCUUCAUGCUCUUGUAAAAUGUUUGAAUCUGUUGGAAUAUUAUGUCGUCACAUUCUCUUUGUCAUGAAAGGAAAGUUCUUAUUUGAGAUUCCAAGGCAAUAUGUUUUACAUCGUUGGACUAAAGAAGCUAUGAAGAAACCAAUUUUUGGCUUAAACAACUUGCUUGAUGGGGCAGAGAAGGAUAAGAAGCAAAAGCUAGUUGGUGAUUUAUGGUGCAGGUUUUUUUCAUGUGUAAGUCUUUGUGAGGAGAAAGUUGAAUGCCUAGAGUCAUUGUUGUCUAAGCUAAUAUCUUUUGAAAAUGAGAUGAAAGACUUGGAUUCUAUAAGUCCAGUUGAUAAACGUGAGGCAAAAAAUAAACACAUCGAAUUAUUUGUUGGAUCUAAUGACAUAGUUGUUGAUAUUCUUCCUCCAAACAAGUCUUCCAACAAAGGUAGUGGUAGUGGAAAAAGGAAAAAAUCUGACAAAGAGAUAGCUAUUGAGGAAAGCCAAAGGAAAGAUAGACUUUGUAGAACUUGUGGUCAGAGAACAAACCAUGAUAGUCGGAAUUGUCCGCAAAAAAAAUCCAACUUGAAUGAGGAUUUCAAAGAAGAGUAGAAAGGCUGCAAAACCACUUCAUAUUUACAAGAAGCAACAUCGGCUACUGACAGCCUAGUGCUGAAAUAGAGGAGAUGAGAGGAAAGAAAGAACAUAGUGCUAUAGUGCCCUUUUUAUUGAUAUAGUGAUUGUUAUUGUUUCACAUAUAUUAAACAGGGACCUUUUAUUGCUCAAAUUUUAUUGAUAGGGUGACCUUUUAUUGUUAAACUUUUUAUUGACCUUUAUAUUGUUAUUUUGAUGUAGUGACAUAUUGGCAUAUGAUAACUUCAAUUUAUAUUAUAGUAUGUGUUUUUAACGUCAUAGUGACUUUUUUUCAUCGUAUUGACACCUUAUUCCGUGAUAACCUUUUUAGUGAUAUAAUGACCUUUAUUAUGAUAUAACAACCGUAUAAAAAAUACUCACAU